AGCCAAUGCGACCGGCACGUCUCCGGUGUGGAACUACAGGAGCUGGGGGAUUACGCAGCCGAACCCUUGCAAAUUCCUCGUGGGACAGAGGAAUUUGAAGGCUUCUGAUGAUUGUAUCAUUCCUUUACCUGGAGGGAAAUCCGAGAUGUGAACGUUUCACCCGGGCUGAUUCCUGCUGUACAAAGCAUAGAUCCCGAAAUGCUGUCCUGAGAUACAGAUCCUGUUUGGAGUGGCAGAGAAGGGGUUAAUACCCCCCACCCCAGUCCAGAGGCUAACACAGACACAUCAAUGUUCGGCUUGUGCAAUAACUCUGGUGACCUAGGAGGAGUUUCUGCCCUAGGAAGAUGAGAUUGUUAUAUGCCAAGAUACUUACGCUAGCAGCCCUCUUGGCGCAGUCUGAAGCCUUGGCUCCGCAUGAAGCGUGUGGGACGGCGGAGGUGGCUGACAUCUUGUUCCUGGUGGGUGAGUCCUGGAGCGUGGGAGAAGGGAACUUCCGGCUGAUCAAAGACUUCAUCUACAGUGUGGUCCUCUCCUUCGAGAACGUGGUAAUGGGCAGAGAGGGCGUUCGGCUGGGAGUGGCGCUCUACGCGGAGAAGCCAAGGAUGAGUAUCGAGUUGACGGAUUACGUCACCAUUGAGGAGGUGCUGGUGGCCGUCAGGGAGCUCUCGUUCCAAGGGGGCAGUGUAAAAACAGGGGAUGCCCUGGCGUUUGUGGCCCAUGUGGUCUUCAGUCCGGCAGCAGCAAGAGGAGAUGCAGCAAAGAUCGUUGUUUUAAUCACAGAUGGGAAAUCUGCCGAUUCUGUUGAAGAUGCGGCUGUGGCGCUACAGGACAGAGGCGUGACAGUGUUUGCUGUGGGAAUUAAGAAUGCCGACAGGAACGAGCUGAGGAAACUAGCUUCCACGCCCGCCGAGGAGCAUGUGCUUUACACUGAAGAUUUCCACUUGCUGGGGAACGUGUCCCCUAAGCUCUCUCGAAGGCUCUGUGUCACGGCCUCCGAGCCUCCGCGCCCCACCAGGCCGGCUAUGAACGUGGAGAAGAUCGUUGGUCCCCGGGAUUUACUUGUCAGCGAACAAAGUUACAGCUCUUUGAGGCUGACCUGGACUCCUGCCACAGGGAAAGUGACGGAAUACCACCUCCUCCUGAAUUCAGUUUCCACUACCGGGCAGCUUAUUUCUGAAGACCAGCGGCAGAUUGUUUUGGAUGGCAACAAAAGCACCGUGCUGGUGUCAGACCUGAAGCCCGACACGAACUAUUCCUUCACGGUCCUGGCGGUCUAUACGGACGCUCGCGGGGAGUCAACGGCCGUCAAAGGGAAAACGACGCCCGUACCUCCAGUGACCAAUUUCCGGGUCAUAGAAGAAGGACUCUCCAGCCUCAAGGUAGCCUGGACUCCUCCCCUGGGGAAACUUGAAGGCUACAAGAUCUACAUGCCCAGAUCAAACAGACCCGGGAUGACCUAUGAGCAGAUUCUGGGCGGCGAUGUCACCUCUCACGUGCUUGGCAACUUGCAGGAGGAGAACGAAUAUACUGUCAGUAUCUAUGCUGUGUACCACCAGGGCCCGAGCCAACCGGUGUCCACUACGGGGAGAACAUUGAAGCUCCUGCCAGUGAAAAGCAUCUUGCUCCAGAAUGAGACGACUGACACCAUCCAGGCCAGGUGGACCUCAGUUAGGGGAGCAUCAGGAUACAGGCUCACCUGGGUGUCGGCAGAGGGCAGUGUUGAGACCGUGAACCUGGACGACACUUGUACUGACUACAUGAUCCCGGGGCUGCAGCCUGGGCUGGAAUACACCGUCACCGUCAACCCCAUCUUUGGGGACGUGGAGGGGCCCGUGGUGAGCAGCAAGGCAACCACUCUGGCAUCGAGCGCUGUGCAGACCCUGAAAGUGUCCGACGUAACAAUCAACUCUGCCCUGCUCUCCUGGAAUUCAGUGGCUGGGGCCACUGGGUACAGAGUGGCUUGGGGCCCUACUCCAGAAUUCUUCCACAAAGACCGACCGCGGCAGCUGGCUCUGAACAGCUCCACCACAGCCUACCAGCUCCGAAACCUGGCCCACGACAGCGAGUAUGUGAUUUCCCUCUAUGUGCUCUUUGGCUCGGCAGAGGGGCCUGGGAUCACCGCUUCAGCCAGGACGUCGCCGCUUGGCUACGUGUCCAAUUUCAAGGUAACUUCCUACACGAGCACAUCCAUCUCCCUUGCAUGGAGUGCCACAGCUGCAGCCACCGGAUACCGAAUCUCCUGGAGCCCAGAGGGAGCGGGCAGAGGAAGAGGAGUUGCCAAGAGCCAGUACCUGGGCAGCAAGGGGCUUGCGUAUCACAUUGAGCAUUUGCUGCCUAAUACCCACUAUACACUUGGUGUUCGCGCUGUGUUCAACAAGUCCGAGGGACCAGAAGUGACUCUCGUUCACCGUACUGCCUUGCUCGCAGACUCUACCCCCAUCCAGACCGUUCGGGAUUUGCGGAUCGUCGACAUUGGAGUAAACAGCUUGAAGGUCUCCUGGAAAAGGACCCCGGGUGUAACGCACUAUAAGAUAUCCUGGGUCCCGUUCAGUGGUGGCUUGGAAACCUCACAGAUCGUUCCAGCAGAGAUCAUAUUUUUCACAAUUACUAAGCUGCAGGAGAGCACUACGUACACCAUCCGUGUGUCUUCAAUGAUCCGGGAACGGGAGGGAAGCCCAGUGCUUCUGACUGCCAAAACACUGGGUUUGCCCAAAGUGACUCAGUUUGCAGUUCAGGAGAGCACGGAAAGCAGCGUUUUGUUGAGCUGGACGGGUGUUCCGGGGGCAUCGGCAUAUUUAUUAACAUGGCGCCUGGCAUCAGAGUCUGACCUUUCCACUGAACUGUUGGGAGCAGCUUCUAGAUCGUAUCGAGUUACAGACCUGAAGCCAAGAGGGAUGUACUCAUUUUCAAUAAGGCCACUCUUCGGACAGACGGAGGGGCCAGAGGCGGUGCUUACUGAGCAGACUGUGGCAUCUCGAGGGAAUCCUUCCACUCCUGCUCCUACCAUUACUUCUUUACCACCUGCCACUACGAGGCCCCGGUCCGUGGGCUCUAGCCAUGCAAGGGCCACUCCUCUUCCAUCAGCCACCACCAUGACAUUACGAAUGACCCCAGCAACCAUAGUUGUGACAACUAAAGCGUCGCCACCAUGGACCACCCUCUCUGGGCCAAUCUGUGGCAAGUUCAAAGCGGACAUCGCGUUCCUGGUGGACGAGUCUUCAAGCAUUGGCCAGAGCAAUUUCAAUAAAGUGAAGGACUUCCUCUUCCGGAUCGUCUCCUAUUUCCCCAGAAUUGGGCCUGAGGGAACACAGGUUGCUGUAGCUCAGUACAGCGAAGAGCCCAGGACUGAAUUCCACUUUAACCAGCACAAGGAUCGGAAUGGAGUUCUCAAAGCCCUCAAGGAGCUGCAGUACACUGGAGGCAAUACAAAGACAGGUCGUGGCUUAGGCUAUGCGCUAAAGGAGUUAUUUCAGUCCUCCAAAGGGAUGAGACCAACUGUGCCUCGCACACUGGUGCUAGUGACUGAUGGACAGUCCCAGGACGACGUGUUGCCACCAGCCAGAGUGGUGCAUGCAUUAGGAAUCCGUGUCAUCGCCGUGGGGGUCUCCAGAGCUGACCCCCAAGAACUGAACAGCAUCUUGUUACACCGCAACCUGCAGAAUGUUUUCUACAUCAGCACCUUUGAGGACUUCCCCCACAUCAUCCAGGAGGUGAUAGAAACCAUUUGCUCUGACUCGCCGCCUUCGGGAGCCCUACCGCAGCCCGGGGAGGUUGCUAGACAGGAUAUGAGCAAACUGCAGCAGGUUGGUGGCCUGGAGAACAACUCAUCAGUCCAUGAUCCAGCUUCUGUUGAUGCAGAAAUCCAAAGACCAGAGGGGCCAUGCAAUCCCAGGUGCUCAAAGGCUCUUAAAGGAGAGAAGGGCGAGAGAGGCCCACCUGGAGAAUUGAGCUUCACCGGUUUGCAGACUGGAGGCAGUUACGAUCCAUACAGCUUUGCUGUGAAGGGAGAGAAGGGAGAGAGGGGGCUCCCUGGGAAAGAUGGAAUUCCCGGACUACCAGGUCGACCUGGGCGAGUGGGCCCCCCUGGCUCCCCUGGGCUGAUGGGGCUCCGUGGUAUCCAAGGCGAUCUCGGACCUCCUGGAUAUCCAGGGCCAACGGGGCCGAAAGGAGACAGAGGGGAACCGGGCUACGUGCUGGGAGGGGUGGAAGUGAUCCCUGGCCGAAACGGACAACCAGGCUCUCCUGGGCAGAAAGGGCAGCCGGGAGUUCCUGGAGCAGCAGGACCGCCAGGGCCACAGGGACCGCCUGGGAUGUCUGUGAAGGGCGAGCCUGGAGACGCAGGUCAUAGAGGGCCUCGAGGGAAAAGCGGCGCCAAGGGCGACAAAGGAGAUGCGGGAGAGACCGGGAAAGCCGGUUUGCCUGGCCCCCUCGGGCUGGAUGGUGCUCCUGGAAUUCCCGGGCCAAGGGGAGAAAAGGGGGAGGCAGGGAUCGGCAUUCCAGGCACACCUGGCUUUAAGGGAGCAGAAGGAGGAAAGGGGGAAAUGGGACCACCCGGAGCACAAGGACAAAAGGGUAAAAAAGGCCAAGCAGGUGUCAAAGGGGAGAAGGGGGAGCCUGGAGAAAUGGGGCCGAAGGGACUUCAAGGAAUUGCUGGUCUUCCAGGAAUGGUGGGGCAGAAAGGAGACCAAGGAAGUCAGGGCUUUCCAGGUGCUCCGGCCAUGGGGGUUGUUGGACCUCCAGGCAAGAAGGGUGCCAGAGGGGAUAUUGGACCUGUCGGCCCCACAGGACCACAGGGAAACAAAGGAAAACAAGGAGAUAAAGGAGAGAAGGGAAGUCCAGGUUUUGGCAUUCCAGGGCAACCGGGAUUGAAGGGGGACAUGGGCGAAAGGGGGAAUGUAGGUUUAUCCGGCAAACCUGGCCCAAAGGGGGAAAUGGGUCCGAGGGGAGAGAAAGGUGAACCAGGAAUACCUGGGAAACCAGGAGAGACCGGACUAAGAGGUAAAGAUGGACAACCGGGGCAGAAAGGGAACGUGGGGACCAAGGGAGAAGCAGGUGCCCCAGGGGAGCCAGGAGGGAGAGGAAUCCAGGGACCUUUCGGGCUUCCAGGACGUCAUGGAGAACAGGGGAUCAAAGGCGAGAUGGGAGAACCGGGAAAGGACGGAGUCGCCGGAGAGAAGGGAGACAAGGGUGAAGCUGGGAAGCCUGGGCCUCCUGGGUCACCUGGAAGCAUCGUGUCAUCUCUGGAGAACAGCAUCACCAACAAAGGCGAUAAGGGAGAUCCAGGGGAAACAGGCCUGAAAGGAGAGAGAGGCCCUCCAGGUCCCAGGGGGCCGGAUGGUCUCCCAGGGCCUGCAGGUGGGACUCUGCUGGAUAACAUGUCAGAAAAGGGGACAAAAGGGGAAAAGGGAGAUCCAGGUCCACCCGGCAAAGGAGUGGAGAUCAAGGAUCUGGAGAGACUUUUUGAAGCCUAUGGGAUCAAGCUGGCGCUACUGAAGGAACUGACCGAUCUGCUCCUGAGGGAUGGGCUUGAAGCGCUGAUCCAGCGGCGAACCAGCUCCAGGAAAGGCAAGCCCGCCAAGAAAAAGGAGGGAUCUACGCAAGCUACGGACUAUGCUGCUUCGUUGAAGUAUGAUUUUUCUAGCGACCCUCAUACCAGUAUAGAAGUCACUGAAGAAGACCUGAGUAUUGAUGUCGGGCAUCAGCUUACAGUUCCAGCAGCUGUAGGACAAUCUACUAAGGCUCGGCAGAACCCAGCUGGUCUUGCUCUGGGGUCAGAACCUCCUGCACUGGGAAACAUUUCUGAGGAGACACCAGAGCCCUUGAAGAAGAGGAGGAAGGAGAAAGACGUGAGCAGACCUCAUCAUUCAGUGGGCAACAAUGGUUCUUCUGAAGCAGCUGAUACAGUCCUCCCAGACAUAAAGGAAAAUGCAGAUCCAGUUGACGGGCCUGAGUUAACGAGCCAUGUUAGAGUCAGAAGAACGGCUGAGAGACAGAGGCACAUGGUUCACUCACCUGGUGCCGCUGGAGUUCAGAAAUCCCCGGCUGGAUAUGUGACAUAUCCAGGACCUCAAGGCACAAGGAGGAUCAAGAAGCAGGAGUCAGACAUGGUGGAUCCAGAACUGGUGCCGUUCCAAGGUCAAAAGGGAGAAAAGGGAUCUCCUGGAGCCAGGGGAGACAAAGGAGAAAAGGGCACUAAAGGAGACAGAGGAGAAAAUGGUCAAAAGGGAGAACCAGGAAUUGGGUUCAGAGGCCCCGUCGGUCAAGCUGGGCCCCCUGGGUAUAAGGGAGAGCCCGGGGCCCCGGGACCUCCGGGAGUGCAGGGCAUCCAGGGUAUUCGUGGCAACCCUGGCAUUCCAGGAUCACCGGGAGAGAGAGGAGCCCCAGGUCCAUCAGGCAUGCCGGGGCAGAAGGGGGAACGCGGUAGGAGAGGCAGGAAUGGAUCCACGGGGCCGGCAGGACCUCCAGGGCCCCCGGGAAAACAGGGGAUGCGAGGGCUGCCCGGGACCAAUGGCAACAAGGGGGAGAUUGGCCUCGGUGUGGCAGGUGCGAGAGGUCCCCGUGGACUGCCUGGCCCCGGGGGGGAGGAGGGCAUUGCAGGAGUCCGAGGCCCCAUUGGCAUGAUGGGUCUGAAAGGCCUGCCCGGAGCGAAAGGAGAAAGAGGUGAUCGUGGCCUCCUGGGACUCAAGGGAGAAAGAGGUGACCCCAUUACUAUUUUUGGACCUCAAGGCUAUAAAGGCAACAAAGGAGAUCCGGGUGAACGGGGCCUGCCAGGCUUCGAUGGAGACAAAGGCGAGAAAGGGGAGGAUGGGCCUUCAGGAGAAAAGGGGGUCAAAGGCGAGGCAGGUGCGAAAGGGGCCAUGGGGCUGUUCGGUGCCAGAGGACCAGUGGGGCAGAAGGGAGAACCCGGAGAACCUGGCCUGCCUGGAUUUGCUGGCAUGGCUGGCCUUGAUGGGAAGAAUGGAAUCAAAGGAGCUAAAGGUGACCGAGGUCUGCACGGUCAAAAAGGGGAACCGACUUGCUGUAAGCAAAAUUACUGCCUGACACCACCGGAGAACUCUGAACAAUGCUGUGGGCAGAUUCUCAGCAUGUAUAAAUUGGCGUAG